GCCCGGGCUGAGCCAGUUCCCACGCUCUUCUCCUUGCGCUCUCCGCCGUCCGCCCCGUCCGACUUCGCCUCGCCGUCUUCUCGGGCUCCCCCCAUGGCGGGCUCGUCGCCUCCCCCGGCUUACUCCGACCUCAAGCGGGGCCUGGAGAAGACCGGCAGCGGUGCCGAGCUCCAGCUGAACGGCGCCGAGGAGAUCCCGGGCCCCGAAGAGGAAGAGGAGCCGCGCCCCGCGCCCAAAAACUACUUGUGGCUGAGCAUUUUGUCCUGCUUCUGCCCUGCGUACCCCGUCAACAUCGCCGCCUUCGUUUUUUCGAUCCUGGCGUUAAACAGCUACAAUCAAGGCGACAUCGAAGGAUCGAGAAGGCUGGGCCACACGGCUCUGCUGGUCGCCAUCGCGUCAAUUCUGAUCGGUAUCUUGAUGAUUGCAAUCCUUUGUAUUGUCCAUUAUACUACGCACACCAUCUGAAUGCAGAGAUGCGGGAUGUGAACGUAUCCCAUCUCCAGGCCCGUGACACAGGGGGAGGGUCUGUCCCCAGGAAGAAAAUGUAAACACGGAUGCUCAACAAACCAGAUCUGGUUUGUUCCAUUUUUAUCCUACAAACCUGGCUCGAGGCACAGGUGGAAAUCUCCAGUGAUCGUUUGCUGGCGGUGGGUUCCCUGUGUCGAGAGAUUAGCAGUUCCCUCCCCUCCGAAGAACCGAAAACAGGAAAAA